AUGAUGUUGUCUAAUUCAAGGUCUCCUGACGAUCCAAAGCUGUACGGCACUGUUGGAACUACCGCCUCCCAAAUGACAAACACGACCCCGUCAUUACCAAACGAAGUGCUCCAACUCAUUGUACAGAAUCUCGAAAAGGUCGAUCUGAAAAAUGCUCGCCUUGCCUGUAAAACGCUUGCCUCAAUGGCUGAGCCAAUCCUUUUCAGAGAACUUGUUCUCGUGCCUUAUCAAGACUGUCUCGAAGAAUUCAUUCAUUUUGACAAAUCCGGUGUCACUAGGCAUACUAUCACUUUGAUCUAUGACACCAGAUGGCGAUUUGUAUCGCGAACCCUGCGCAAACCUCAUGUUCGCCUGGACUCUGACAUAUUACUCGAAGAUUUAGCCUUUGUGGGGUUUCGCAACAGGGGCGAUCAAGCCCUUGAGAUACUCUUUCUGGUCAGUUGCCUCCAGGUACUUCCUGCAUUACGAAGCAUCCGAAUCUUAGAGUCAGACGUCUCCACAUGGCCUCGCCAUGAUACCACUCUGGCUCCUUCUUACUUUACCCGCAUGUUGGGGACAGCCCAAAUAACGGCCACAGUACCCUGGGCGCGAGAUACAAACCCGCUCGGAUACUCGGGCUCCAUGGUGGCUCUGCUGGCUCUGUCGGCCAGUCGCAAGCCAAUCACCAACCUUCACAUGAUGGGAGUCGAUUCAGAAUUGUUCCACUUUGGAGUAUCUUCUGAUGAUAGUAGAGAACUCGCUUUACUCCGUAAUCUCCUAUCUCGAGUGGCUGUACUCGAUCUGUCGUUUAAGUUUUGCAUGGCUGGGGAUAUGGAGGAGGAUUUCGAUCGCAUUGCAUCCAUUCUCCAAUUGGCACGCAAUCUUCGUGUCUUACACAUCGAGUUUCCAGAUAGAGAUCCUCGAAUCGCACAUGACAACCCCGACGGCCACUCUUGCCUAUCAUCGCUCGUCCGCGACUUAAACUACGAUCUUUGCGUGACUCCGAGAUUCCCCAAGUUGGAGCAUUUGUCCUUGGGAUCCAUGUUCUGUCAAGAAGAGGAGCUACUUGCACUUGUGCAAGGGGUCCAAAAAACUCUGAAAACUCUAUCCCUCUCCACAAUCGUAUUAUUGCAACCAGAUACAUCUGAUCGGGAGUCUUGCUGGGUACGUUUCUUCAAGGAGUUGCGGAAAUGCAAGAUACCCGACGUUCAGGUUGGGGGCCUUCUCUACAAUUGGAAGGCCGAUGAGAUGCCUAGUCAACGAUGGGCGGUGAAAAAAUCUCCCUCGGAACCGACCAGCCUCAAGUCUCGACUACAACGAUGGGUGACAGCAAAGAUCGACGGCGAAUGUCCACUACAUCCGUUGGCUGUCCGGAACUACGAAGAGGGAUACACUCUGCGAGUUGAAGAUUCUGCUCAACAACCAAGGCUAAGCGAUUCUAGCUGGACUGUCAUCAACGAUCUUACCGAGGAGUCGACAUGCUUCGUGGAAGAGGGGUUAGCGCCAACCGAUCCUUUCGCGGACGCUCGCUCAGAAACGGGAAGCUUACAGUUGGAUCGACCAUACGACGAAGAGUACGGUUAUGAUUUUGAUUUCAGGUUUCCUCUCCACCCAGAGCUUAUGGAUGAGCUGGAGGAAUUGUAUGACUCUGAAUUCGAAGAUCAUCGAACACUUUAUUUCUGA